AUGCCAGGACUUGACGUGGAGGCUCUUCUAGAUUCUACUGCGAACGCUGCCCAAAGUAAAUCUGAGGACACUCGCUCAAAAGAUCGCGACGAGCGCUACAAGUCCGAUCGCCAUGAUCGAGACCGUUACCGCGAUGGCAGUCGCCGGGAUAGGAGCAGGGAUCGAGAUCGAGACCGAGAUCGACGUCAUAGGGACAGAAGUAGAGAUAGGGUGAAGAAAGAAAAGGAUCUUGAUGGAGAUGUGCCAAUGGAAAGCCCCAGAAGUGAGCGUGCAAAUGGGCAUCGGAGCAAACGCAGAAGCCGCAGCCGUGACAGUGACAAACAUCACUCACGCCGUCAUAGGGAAUCCGUAGAUCACGAUGAUCGUCGUGGCUCUGGAGGCGACUAUUACCGUGGGGUUGGACGACAUCGCUCGCGCUCAAGGUCUCCACACGACGACCGAUAUUACCGGCCUGGUGACCGACCUCGCCGUCCCGAGGAUGCGGCUCAUCGUGAUAGAAGUCCAAAGCCCGAACGACGCAAGCGUACACCAAGCCCGAAGCCAAGAUCUCCGACGCCCCAGCCUACAGAGGACGAGCGUGACCGACGGACAGUCUUCGUGCAACAGCUGGCAGCUAGACUGAGGACGAAAGAGCUGAUACAUUUCUUUGAAAAGAUUGGACCAGUUAAAGAAGCACAGAUUGUCAAAGACAGAGUCAGUGGUAGAUCGAAAGGAGUUGGCUACGUCGAGUUCAAGAGCGAAGCCUCCGUCGCUCCAGCUAUACAGCUUACUGGCCAAAAGCUUCUAGGGAUCCCCAUCAUUGCACAACAUACCGAGGCUGAGAAAAAUCGCCAAGCCAAGACAUCUGAAGCAACUAGCAGCAAUCCAAAUCAUGUGCCAUUCCACAGACUCUAUGUAGGAAACAUACAUUUCAGCAUCACUGAAAAUGAUUUACAGAAUGUUUUCGAACCUUUCGGUGAACUCGAAUUUGUACAACUACAAAAGGAAGAACAGGGGCGUAGCCGGGGUUACGGGUUUGUCCAAUUCCGUGAUCCUAAUCAGGCCAGGGAAGCGCUAGAAAAGAUGAAUGGAUUUGAUCUUGCUGGGCGACCUAUCAGGGUUGGCCUCGGUAACGAUAAGUUCACCCCAGAAUCCACUGCAAACUUGCUUCAGCGGUUCCAAGGUCAAGAACACCAACACCAGUACCAGGGAUCUGCUUUCUCGGGCCAUGGCGGCCGCGGUGCUCAAGCUGGCGGUGGUGGUGCAUUUGACCGUGCCGGUGGUAGGGACAACGAGAAAGGCGGUGGAGCCAGUGCACUGGAUGAUACUGAUGUCGGUGGGGUAAACUUCAACAACUAUAGCAGAGACGCUUUGAUGAGGAAACUUGCUAGAACAGAUGAACCUGCUCCUGAAGCAAAUGCGAAUGAUCAACGCCGUGCGGCUGCCAAGCCAAAGCCGGAAUCGAAGCCUCUACCUGUGAGCGUUAGCCAGGCCAGUCGGUGUGUCCUGUUGAGAAAUAUGUUUGAUCCUGCUGAAGAGGAAGGCGAAGUCUGGAUCAAAGAAUUGGAGGACGACGUCCGAGCUGAGUGUACCGAGAAGUACGGUAAAGUGGUUCACAUUUCUCUAGAUCCGAAUACCCAGGGAGACAUCUACCUUAAAUUCGAUCGUGUCACGGGUGGCGAGAACGCUAUCAAAGGUCUGAAUGGACGAUUCUUUGGUGGACGGCAGAUUAGCGCCCAGCCUGUCGUCGAUGCCGUUUACAGCUCACUUUUCUCUCGAACAAGCGCGCUUUAA